UUUUCAAAAUGUGUUUUUGAUCACUAUCCACUUUGUUGAUGUAUUGAAUUUUUUAAUCUGAUAACCAUUAACAACCCAUAACAACAAGCGGCUAAUUUCCAAAACUUAGACGCCAUUAGAAAAAGUCUGGUUUCAAGUUUCAUUCAGCCUUUUAGCCGAAGGAAAAUAUAAAUCAAAUGCCCUACUGUUUCGUAAAUAUUAAUUAAUGUAAUUAUCUUAAUGAUGGUACUUCUAGCAUAAAUGCACAACUGUCUGAAUAAAAAAUAAGUAUUAAUGCAAAGCAUAUUUAAUUGUUUUUACAAAUAUUUCUUUCUAUACUAGAACCACAGACAGAAUGUGUUUACGCUUUACAGUGCCAACAUUACAAAGCUAAGAAACCAAGUGAGAGUUACUAAAAACAGCUGUUGGACGAAGAUGGGCGAUGCAAGGAACAAUAACAGUGUGUGAAAUAAAUAAUAGUUUUUAUGCUUCGGAAGCGUGAUACACCGAUUGAAAUAAAUGAUUCGCAAAAUAAAUAAAAUUACAUUAAUAGUACUUAAAAAGUGCAGGAAAAUCAAUUAUGGACAAAAAAAUGUGCAACAUAAAUAAAAAUUUUGACAGCGAACCUGGUGAGAGCACCGAACUGGAAGAAGCUGAGCUAAAUAAUAGAAUUUUUAGUGUUGAAAGUGAUGAUGAACUGCCGGUUUUAGCACAAAAUGACCAAGAAAAUCCUGUGAUUUGGCUAAACGAUGAAGAUCUCGAUCUUGAAACAGUCAAUAUUAAUAGCUUUUUCCAUAGGGUUGAUAGUGACCAAAUUAUUUACCAAACAAAGAAAAAGCGUCUUAAAAUGAUAGGAAAGUACGUAAUGGGAGACCUGUUGGGAGAAGGUUCCUAUGGUAAAGUUAAGGAAAUGUUAGAUUCAGAAACUCUAUGUAGGCAUGCUGUUAAAAUACUUAAAAAGCAUAAGUUACGAAGAAUUCCUAAUGGAGAACAAAACGUACAAAGGGAAAUUAAAUUGCUAAGGACACUAAGGCACAAAAAUGUAAUAAAACUAGUCGAUGUUUUCUACAAUGAAGAGAAGCAAAAAAUGUAUUUAAUAAUGGAGUUUUGUGUGGGAAGUUUGCAAGGUAUGUUAGAGAGCACACCAACCAAGAAAUUCCCUCUUUUCCAAGCACAUGGAUACUUUUUGCAGCUGAUAGAUGGUUUAGAAUAUUUGCACAGCAAGGGAAUUAUACACAAAGAUAUUAAACCUGGAAAUUUGCUUCUAACAUUAGAGGGAAAUUUGAAGAUAUCUGAUUUGGGAGUUGCAGAGGCCUUAGAUUUGUUUGCUGCUGAUGACACAUGUUACACUAGUCAGGGAUCGCCGGCGUUUCAGCCUCCCGAAAUUGCCAAUGGUCUAGAGGCUUUCUCAGGUUUUAAAGUCGAUAUUUGGAGUAGCGGAGUCACACUAUACAAUAUAACUACGGGUAAAUACCCUUUUGAAGGGGACAACGUUUAUCGAUUGUUUGAGAACAUUGGAAAGGGAGACUUUACGGUGCCCGAAGAUAUUGAUUGCACCCUUCAGAACUUAAUUAAUGGGAUGUUACGAAAGGAUCCGGGAGAUCGGUUUUCUAUUAAACAAAUAAGACAACACGAUUGGUGUAUUCGAAAACCUUCCAAAUGUGGUCAGGCUGUGCCCAUUCCUCCACUCCGUGGGGACGAAUUCCAUUCGAUUACGGUGUUGCCUUAUCUUAUGGAACAUUAUUACGAAUGCCAAGGGAGUGACGAUGGGGAAUACGAGUAUUAUACGGAAAGACAAUUAAAUGAAGAGAGGAGAAAGUCUGAAAGACCGCACCAUCAAUUGUACGAGAAAAGUGCCCACAAUAAUGGCAGAGCGCAUGUGUCCAGUCAAAGUACAAAGCGGCGAUGGCCGAAGCCCAUUUCUUGUAUAAGUGUUAAUAAAUUUCCCGGUUGCAAACAGUCGUGACAUGACUGUAUCAAUCAGAUGAUGUGAACGAUAAUAAGACAAAAAGAAAUU